UAACCGUCCCCUCUGACCCCUCUCGCCAUCUCUCUCCGUUAGAUUUUUUACUCUUUUAUUAAUUUCCAAUCUCUCUCUCUCUCUCUCUCUUCUGUUCAUCGUUCCUUUUCUUAUUCUAAUUCCAUAAAAUAACCUCAUUCCCCCGGUUUCAAGGAAUGGCAGAGAAAUCGUGCAUUAAGCGCCUUCAGAAAGAAUACAGAGCACUUUGUAAGGAACCAGUUUCUCAUGUUGUUGCUCGUCCAUCCCCAAGUGACAUUCUCGAAUGGCAUUAUGUGCUGGAAGGGAGUGAAGGAACACCUUUUGCAGGUGGAUAUUACUAUGGAAAGAUCAAGUUCCCUCCUGAGUAUCCCUACAAACCUCCUGGAAUCACCAUGAUCACCCCCAAUGGACGGUUUAUGACACAGAAGAAAAUAUGCUUGUCCAUGAGUGAUUUUCAUCCAGAAAGUUGGAAUCCAAUGUGGUCUGUAUCAAGCAUACUCACAGGGCUUCUAUCUUUCAUGAUGGAUAACAGUCCUACCACUGGCAGUGUAAACACUACAGCUGCUGAGAAGCAACGCCUGGCAAAAACAUCCCUUUCUUUUAAUUGUAAAAACCCGACAUUCAGAAAAUUGUUUCCAGAGUAUGUCGAUAGGUACAAGAAGCAGCAGCAGCUCAUUUCAGAGCAUUCCUCACCUGAAUCACCUCAAGGAGAAAAUUCAAAACCCAAGACGGAAAAACUUGUAGACUCUUCGGGGGAAGAUGUUAAAAAAGUCAUUCCAAGAAGAAAACAGCCGUUCCCAACAUGGAUGAUGCUGUUGCUAGUUUCCGUCUUUGGAAUCGUGAUGGCAUUGCCGUUGCUUCAACUUUAGUAUGAACUGGGGUACAACACGGCAAAAUUCGGUUAUGGUUAGUGAUAUAUACAGUGUCUAGUUGAGGGAAUCCUCUUUCAAUGCUCCUUAGGGUUGUGAUGUUCUGAAAACAAUGUAUAGGGGAGUUUGAUACAAGAUUCCUAGGAGAGUAAGUUGGAUCUUGACUGAUUAUUUCUUCUAUGUGAAGUUGGUGUUGGUAAUUUAACGAGUGAGAUUGAAAAAAAUACAUGGCUUGAAAUGUUGGUCGAUUUUUAGUUCGACUGUCAUAAUUUUUAUACUUUUAUCCUCUUUAUACUCUGAAA